AAACUUACCGCAUCCACUCUCUCAAUUAAAACUCUGCAGCUUUCUUCAGCGCAAAUCCAGGGGCUUCUUUUUCAGACCAGUUUUCCCUAUUUUCUUCCUCUCUUGCUUGGCUGUUUUGUGUCCUCCGAUCUAUCCAUUUUAUUUCUUUGAGUUCCGAUUCUGUUAAAAGCUUGGAUUUAUUUUUCAAUAAUCACUCCGGGAUUGAACCAAAGAUUAACAAAAUGCCGCGGUCUUUCGUCAAUUGUGUGCGCUUAGUGGUUUUCUUUCUUGUUAUACUGUAAUUUUUUUUAUUUUUGGUUCAUUUCAAUUGAAUUUGAAAGGGAAUUCAAUUCAUUCAUCUUGUGCCAUCGAAAAUUUUGACCUUAAGGUGUGAGAAUGUACAUUGCAGUAACCAUAAAGAGAUAUCGAGCAAUUAAGGAAGUUGGGAAGAUUAAAAUGAGCGUUGGUGUUAUUGCAUACUGUAAGCUAGUUCAAGUUUGUCAGGCUGAGUAUUUCCGUCAGUUGCUGAAACCUGUUACGUAGUCUGGUAUUACAGAACUCUUUGAAAUUGGGAUCUGGGUGAGUGUUGUUUGGUAGUGUUGUGUAUAAGACUGAGAGAAUGAAAAAUCUGAUUGUGUUCAUGGCAAUUUGGAAUUGGUAGUUCAGUCAUGUUGUAAUGGCGAUCCAGUAGUUUAGUCAUUUUGUCUCACCUAAAUUAUAGUUAAAACUUUCUUCCCACUGAAAAGUUGGAUAAUUGCACAUUCAAAGCCAAGAAGCAUCUUUGUUGUGAACCUCUUAAGUAGAAAUUUCGAUGCAGAGUCAUCAACAGUUUUACCCCCCAAAAGCAGUGCCCACAUAUGCAGAUCAAGUUGGCGAUAAUUACAUGCAUAUCCCAGUUGCAUCUGCUUUUGGUACUGUUUUUCCUCCAUGUGCUAAGCCAUUGCCACCCAUCCAUGGUAUCGAGUUCCAACCCUCAGAGGUUUGUCCCAAGAAUUUCAUUAUCUUCAACCAGACUGAUCACAGAAACCAGAUCAUGUUCAAUCCUGCUGUUGCAAACAAUUUAAAUGGUCCUGGAUUAAAUGGCUUAGCGAAUUACAUAGAUGGAAGGUACGUCAUAAAAGAUGUUAAUGAUGUGGAAAAAGAAAACUCAUCCUCUUUGAAAGAGGAUUCAGAUGACAUUGAUGCACUCCUCAGCUCAGAAGAGGAGGAACAAGAAGAUUAUGAUGAAGUUAGCACUGCACGGACUUAUGGCAAUUAUGAAAGUGACGCUGAUUCUCGCUCUGCCUAUGGUUCAAAACCAAGAAAGGACAACUCAUGUUCUUCUACUCUGAAAUCCUCUGGUGGUGGUGACGGCUUUUCUGAUCCAGAAAAACAGCUGAAAAUGAAGAAAAUGGUUAAGGUGUUGAGAGGAAUUGUUCCAGGUGCUAAUGAUAUGGGUACUGUAGCAGUUCUUGAUGAAGCGGUUCGGUACCUGAAGUCUCUCAAGGUUGAAGCACAGAAGCUUGGAGUUGAGAAUUUCAUUAAUGGAGAUUAAACUCGUAUUGCGGUAAUGAUUUCCUCAUCUUCUGAAAGGCAAGUUUGUCAUGUGUUGCAUACCAUUCCUUCACAGUCUCUCUGAUGGUUUGCAAUGCAGAGAUAAAGAAGACAGGUAUUUAGAAUUAAUGUUUUGUGUUUUAGUUUCCAGUUAUGCAUGCUUUAAUGGUGUGCCAGGGCACGGAUUGUUACUUAAAACUUCAGAAGCUCAUAUAUUGUUCCUAGGAAGGAGAGAAAAGUUGGGAUGGAAUUUGUCUAUGUAAUAUGGCUACUAAGUUCGUAGUUGUCAUCAUCUUUAUGGCACAACUGCUUUGAAUGUUAAUGACGUACUUUAAAAUAUUCACUAUUACUUUCUCCUACGCCUGAUUUUUUAUUGCACUUGCUCUUUAUUUAUUCCUCGCCGUUGCAUAAAUGUUGUAAGUACUUGUUAACUCCCUGAUGAGCACUGAUCACCUUUUGUGAGCA